CGGGCUUCGCAGGCGAGAGCUCCUUUUCGCGGUGCACCCCUUGCCCGUCGUGAGGUUUCCAUGGCAACGGGCUUCGCGGCCUAGCAGUGAGGGCUUCCAGGGCCCAUGGCGAUGGCGGUGUCUUCCAGAGGCGCAGGCGACGGUGUUCGCACCAGUUCCAAAUGGUUGGAUGCCUACUACGAUCCAGUCGCCAAUUUGCACACUUUUACCUCGUGUGUCACUCUGGCUGACCUGCAUGGGGAUGGAGACCACAAGUUAGUGGUGGGCAAUUUUGGCUGGACGGGCCAUGAGAUGAAGCUGAAGGUCUACCAGGGCACCACCCUCUUGAGUGAAAACACCCUGCCAGAUUUACCCACAAGCGUGGUCUCCUUUCUGACGGAGCUUCACGAGCCCCGCAUACCAGCCCUGGCUGUGGCUUCUGGGCCAUGUAUCUAUGUCUACAAGAAUAUGCGUCCCUACUUCAAAUUUACUCUGCCACCGAUGGAGCCCAACCCGAUGGAGAAAGUGGUCUGGGAUCAGGCAAAGGAGGACAAGGUCGACCUUCUGUCAAUGAAAGAGAUGCUGGAAUCCAUCAGAGAAAAUUCCGAAAUUCCCCUCUCGGUGCAGUCUUUGAGGUUCCUGACCCUUGACCUCCCGGAGAUGGAGUCCUUUGUGAACCAGAAUAAGUUCCAGCCCAUCAAACGUCAGACGGUGAUCACCUGUAUGGCCACUCUGAAGAGGAACAGGGUGGAAGAGGAUGCGAUCAGCUGCUUGGUGGUCGGGACGGAGAACAUGGAAAUCCUCAUCCUGGACCCCGAAGCCUUCACCCUCCUGUCAAAAGUGGCCAUACCAAGUGUGCCCGCCUUUCUGGACAUCGCAGGGCAGUUUGACGUGGAGUAUUAUCUCAGCGUGGCAUGUCGGAACGGUAGCAUUUACAUCCUUCGCAGGGACUCCAAGCGGCCCAAAUACUGCAUUGAACUGAGCUCCCACGCUGUGGGUUUAGUCCGAGUCCAGAAGAACAUCAUGGUGGCUUGUUCAGAUGAGACGUUGCGAGGCUACAACCAGAAGGGAAAGAAACUCUGGGUAGUGAAGUUGUCGGCGAAUCCCAUCACUUUGGGCUUCAUGGAUGGGAAAUUGCAAAGUUUCCAGGCUGUGUUGGUGGCGCUGGCCAACAGGGAAAUUCAUGUUUACCGGGAUAAGAACCUCGUCAACGUCAUCCAGGUGCCGGACGUCGUCACCAGCAUCGUUUUCGGCCACUACGGACGAGAGGAUAACACCCUCAUCAUGACAACUCAAGGCGGGGGUCUCAUCAUCAAGAUCCUGAAACGCACCAGCACUUUCCAUAAGGGGGACGCCACAGCUGGCGUACUUGUUACCCAGAGCGCCAAACUCAACAUGCCCAAGAAAACGAAACUCUACGUAGACCAGACGCUGCGGGAACGGGAAUGUGGAGCGGCCAUGCACCAAGUCUUUCAGACGGACCUCAGACGCAUCCGACUCACGGCGGCCCGUGCCUACGCCCGGGCGCUGGAGUGCAGCAUGGGCCCCAUCUCGGAGUCCCUGCAGGAGCCAUUCAAGCUGAACGCCGUGGUGCAGGGCAUGGGCCCCACUUUCAAACUCUGUCUUAAUCUCCAGAACAUGUCCGAGAGUCGCGCCAUAGCAAAUCUUCUCAUUUGCUUCAUUUACAAUGAAAACCAUUAUUCUGUCGAACGCCCGUUCUUCAAGGCUCCCAUGUUGAUCCCAGGACUGAAUUAUCCUUUAGCCACCUUUGUCGAGUGUCUCAGCGACCAAGCGAUCUCGGAUGUUAUCAAGGUGUUCGUGGUGAAGGAGGGCAACAGCCAGCCGCUGCUCACGGCUCACAUUAGCAUGCCCGUGAGCGAAGGCUUGGCCGCGACAUGAACCGCCUCCGAGGGGACACCCAAGCUCUCAUCCACCUCACCGCAGUCUUUCUUGACAGUCUCGGCACAGCGACUGGUCACCGGAGGAAAGAGGAGAGUCCCAAGUUGCCUCUUUUCAAAUGUAGGAAGAAGAUUCCCGUUUGCUGCUAAGGAGCUACAACUCCCCCACACUGACCAGGUUAGAAUUAGCUACCAAAACAGCAGCGUGAGGCUAGAAGGCCACAAGAGCUCAAUAAAUUAUAUUUAUCCUGCCGUCUAAAGGAUAGGAGUGUUCCCUGCCUAACAGGAAUAGAAUGGAAUGG